CCUGAUCAGAAUGGUUAAGCAGACUCCCAGCUCCUCACCGGACUCAGAUCUGCCUGACGUCUCAUCACUGAAUGUACUGGAUCAAGAAUCAGCUCAUAAGAAUAAAGCACACACUCCAGUCUCUCCAAUGAGAAAAGUAUCUACCCAAUUCCUUAAUAAGAGGAUCACUACAAUGCCCACAGAAAGAAACUCAGUCAGGAUGGAGAGAGAAGGAACACCUUUGGGAAUCCCAGACUCGGUGUAUGUUCACGCUGCAGCCAUUUUCCAGAAAACUUGUGUGGAGAAAAACCUCACUCACAGACUUACUCAAUAUGGACGCACCAGUCCCAGUGGCCAUGAAGAAGAUUAUGAUGAUGAUGAAGAUGAAGAUGAUGAUUCAGGGAUAGUUGAUGAGGCUAAAACCAAACAGAAUGAGCUCUGGGCCUACGAGCUGGCAUUUAAUGCUCUAAAAUUUCAAGAUCUACUGGAGAAGAUCCUCACUGACAGCUACUUUCACCGUUCUCAGCAAAUGCCAGAUGACCUUAUGGGUCUAGUGGUGGUGAUGCUCUAUGACCUUCUGGACAGGAAGUUCCAGCCCAGAAGGCCAAUCAACAGAACAGAGAAAAGAUUUAUCAAGGAUGUAAGACAGGUUGAGGAUGGCCUCUGUAGGUUCAAGACUAAACUAGAAGCCUCACUGGCUCAAUACAGAAUCAAGCAGAAUUUGCUGACCAUAGACAGUUUCCUUCCACCAGCUCUGAGAGAUAAACAUCAGAGAUCAAAAAAAUUAGUGCUGUAUGCCUGGAUCAACACACUCAAAGCCAGUACAGAAACUGUGUGUGAGAGCCUGAGGACCGCAGGCUUCAAUCAGGUGGACUCGCACACACACAUAAUGGGAAAUGUGUUCUGUAAGGACAAACACUGCUCCAAUGUACUGCUGUUUCCCAGAAGGCUCGGAAAACAACUGGAGAAAACCGAACUAAUGAAAGAACACACACUCAUAAUACAGGAUAAAUCUCGGAGUCUGGCAGCAUGUGCUGUUCGUCCACUGUUGACGGAGGGUUCUGAAGUUCUCAUGGUGGGGUCCUUCUCUGUUCAGACUGUUGCUCUUGUGGCUAUCCAGGCUGCAGCCUGUUCUGGCUGUGUACACGUGUGUGGGGUCCUUAAUAUCCUCGCCUUCAAGGAGGAAUUACAAACUAUCCUCUCUACUUCUGGUUGCAAAAAUGUGAAAUUGAUGUCUGAGUUCUUCAGUGAGCUUAAUGAUUGGGACGUUCGUAUUCAGAAAGUUCGAGUGAUCGUUCUGCUCCCAAAAUGUUCUUCGUCAGCUCUCUGCAACCCUGUUGACUUUAUCAUCAAGGAGAAUGGAGAUAGAGGACUUCUGCAUGGCCUUUCUAAAGGAACCAUCUCUAACAGUAAACUGCAGGAACUGAUUGGCAAACAGAUGCAAGACCUCAACCAUGCUCUCACUUCACCUAAAGUGAAAGCUGUGGUUUACUGCACAUGCUCAGUAUACCCUGAGGAAAAUGAAGAAAUUGUGAAGAGAGCACUACAGAACGCAAACAGCAAAGCAAAAACUCUGCCUUUCAGGCUGGUCAAUGCAGGAUGGAAUGAUGAGAAAGAGAUGUUUUUCAAAACUGAAGAAAGUGACAUCACAAAUGGCUGCUUCCUUUGUGUAAUGAAACGAGAGCAAGACCCAGCAGAAGUCGAAACUGUGGAGAAUAUUUUGGCACGGGCUGCUGCUAAAGGUUUGCUGGGAGGCCUGAUGCCACCAGACCCCCUUGAUGAAGACAAGCUCAAAAAAAGAAAGAAACGAAAAGAAUCAACAACAGUUCUUCCACUUUUCUCAACGACUGACCCUCCAGCAUCAAUGAUGAUCAAUCUGAAUCUUCCAGAUCCCAUCAAUCCAGCUCCAAAUCCCACUUCCACAACCCCGAAUGACAGUUUCACAAUCUUAGACCACACUUCCAUCACUAAAAGCCAAACAUCAAUCAUAGAUGCCACACUUAGCACUACAAAUCAUUCCAACAUUCCUGACCAGUCAUACAAUGAUCAAAAUCAGUCUUCAGCUGUGCAAAAGAAAAAAUCUAAAUCUCAUACGCCACCGGUUAAAGUUAAAUCUAAGCAGUCCAGAAGAAAAAAAGCAGCACAUAAAGAACAAAGCAAAAGUCGACCAUCACGUAAGAAACUCCUGCACCUUCGGCCAUCGCAACACAUGACUGUUAACUCCAUUACUCCAACUCCACCUCAGGACAAACCCACCGCCAUCAGGACCCCAGUACCACCACACAGAUCCAGACAUUUGCAGAGCAGAGCCACGUCUCAAAGGGAAUCUGUUAAACCGAGACAGGAAAUCAUCAAAUCAGAGGCUCGGGAAAUCAUCUCGAGAGAGCUCCGUUUGCCUCCUGUUUAUCCGCUCAGUUCUUCAUCCACUUAUCGGCUGAACUCCUCCAACUCGUCUCAUUUCUCCAGCAGUCCUUCCUCUUCCAGCAGCAUCACUAAAGCCAGAGACUCCAUCAUUUUACAUUCACAGACGUGGCACUGAGCUACAUCCCUUGUGCUUCUAUACUAAAGAAGGUUUGUAGAAAGUAAUCUGACAAACUAUGGGAAAAAUAUACUGCCACUGAAGGAAAGGCACUGA